UUAUCAACACCACACAAUCAAAAAAUUACUCAACUAAAAAACCAACCACUCAAAAUAUCACAAUGGUGGGGAAAAUGGACGAUGGAAAACGAAACCCACAUGAUGAGUUCUUCCAAGUGAAGAAAGGGAAUCCAACUUUGGUCCCGCCGGCGGUGGACAACAAUCAGGGAAGAGUUUACUUCCUCUCCAACGUCGACGACGACUUGACCAUCAUCCACACGCUCUACUGCUUCAAGUCCGGGGGCCAGGAGGCCGGAGAGGUGAUCAAGAAUGCCCUGAGCAAGGUUCUGGUUCACUACUACCCUCUGGCCGGCCGGCUGAUCCUCUCGCCGGAGGGUGGGUUCGCUGUGAAUUGCACCGGCGAAGGGGUUGUGUUCAUUGAGGCGGAGGCCGACUGUGGGUUGGAUGACGUUGAUUUUUCGAAGCCGGAUAAGGCUACACGUGGCAAGCUGGCUGCCUUUGAUGUUCCUGGCGUUGGGAACAAAUUCGAGAUCCCUUUGAUGGCUCAGGUAACCAAAUUCAAGUGUGGAGGAUUCGUACUAGGAAUCUCCUUCAACCACGUGCUUGCCGACGGUCAAGCCGCCGCGGAAUUCAUCGUUUCUUGGGCCGAAACAGCAAGAGGAUUGCCCAUAUCCGUCCCGCCAUUUCUCGACAGGACGAUUCUCAAAGCUCGAACCCCGCCAAAAAUCGAGUUUCACCAUUCCGAAUUCGAACCCAUCGAAGACAAAUCCUCUGCCAUCAACGACUUCUCCAACGAAGAGAUAAUGGCGUACAAGUACCUCAAGUUCACCCCGCAAAUGAUCCAAACGGCGAAAUCCAAAACAACCGGAUUAACCAAACCCUGCUCCACCUACGAAGCCCUCUCGGCCUUCACGUGGAGAGCUCGAACUCGGGCGCUCAAUACGGCGCCGGAUCAGCUUACUAGAAUCUUACUGGUCGUCAACACGCGGGGGAGAUUCGAGCCGCCUCUGCCAAAGGGGUAUUUUGGGAAUGCGAUAAAGUUCACCCCGGCGCACAGCUUGGCGGCGGAGCUAAUUCAAGAGCCGGUUUCCCACGCCGUGGUCAAAAUUCGGGAAGCGGUGAGGAGCGUGAAUGACAGGGUUUUGAGGUCGACGAUCGAUUACUGCGAGGCCACGAGAGCGAAGCGGCCGAGGGGUUACAGCACGAUGACGGCGACGACGUGGUCGAGCUUGUCGUUCUCCGCGACGGAUUUCGGGUGGGGAGAGCCGAUUCUGAGCGAGCCGGUGGAGAUCCCGUCGGACGAUACGGUAGUGUUUUUGAGCCACCCGACGGAGAAAGGGAGCUUCAAUGUGUUUCUUGCUUUGCCGAUUUCGGCCAUGGAGAAGUUCGAGGACAUAGUGCAGGAGGAGCUAUGUAAUUAGUGUAUGGUAUUGUAGCAGUAAAAAAGAAAAAAGAAAAAAAAAAACGAAUGAGAACUAUAGCCUAAAUGUUGCAUAUCCUAUUAUCCUUUGUUUGUUUAAUUAUGUGGGUACUGGGUACGUAAAGUAACAUGGCAGUCUGUGGGGCUAAAAAAGUCCUUUAAUUGUACUCGAUUAUAUGUCGGGACAGGUUAUGGUGGAUACUUCGUGUUAGUAACCACGGUGGUUACUAGGGAUAAGAAGGGUAUUUUGCUUCCAUCCUAAUUCAAACUACCAUUUUAAUUACGCAAUUAAUUAGGAAGAGAUAAUUACGGUAAUUAAUUAUUAGGUAGUUU